AUUUGUCUCUCAGAGUUCUCUCAGAGGCUCGAUGAAAAAGGUAACACUACAUGUAUAUGGAAUACACAAACAGCAUGAUUCUACAAUACCCUUUGAUAUUCUCCCUUGUUGCCACCUUAGCGAAGGCCCAUGGAGGGAGUUACUUUAAGCCAUACUCUGGGAAAGUCCUCGUGUCAGUUUCUAUGGUGAAGUCUCAAAGACUACCUCGUCCUCUGGAUUGCGCUUUUGCUUGUGUAAAAGAAAGCCAUUGCGCGUCGUUCAACAUGGCUAAAUCGCCAGUGAAGGGACGGUAUUUGUGCCAGUUACUGUCAGAGAACAUGACCACUGCAGUUGUCAAAGACAGCACGGUGUUUGACCAUUACCAUCGAAUAACACCGGGUCCAUGUCAAGGGCUAAACCCGUGUCAUAACAAUGGCCAUUGCGAAGAAACAGAUGACGGCAACGACUUCCGGUGCACCUGUUCUCUUGGGCUCACAGGAAAACGCUGCGAAUCCCUUCCCUGGAUCCAGUUCACCUCAUCGCCCGUCUGCUUCGGAUCACGUGACAGUCGUUUUGCGCGCUUCCGCGUCCCCACCACAGGGUUCCUGAGUUCGAUCAAGCUCUCUCGUGUCAGCGGUUAUAUCUCUUGUGAUUUAAAUAACCCGAAAGGUGCUAACUUCUGGGGCUGCCUAGACUACGAGGGUAAACCCAUGUACCUCAACACAAUCAUUACCGAUGCCGUAGACAGGAUUCGUAUGCCGGAAACGAAGCACUUUACCAGCAUGAGGGAAAAAGCAUACAACAUUCCAGGAAUAAGCCCUCUUUCACAGGACCUAUUGUUCCCCAUGAUGGACACGCCCUUGAAUGUGUAUGCCGGACAGUACCUGAGGGCCUGGUUCGGGCUGGAUUUUGAAGACAUAGAGCUUUUUAAUGAAGGGGAGGUGUGUGUACUCGUGUAUGGGCUAUACGCUUAGAGAUGAAUAACUGUAACUGCCAGCUCGUAAAAGUGAUGUAACAAAGAAUUCAGUUCUGCUGUAACUUAAUUAACUUUAUUAUACUAACAUUCGAUUUGCACUUCUCACUUGAUUAAAAGUGAUGUAACAAAGAAUUCAGUUGUACUGUAAAUUAAUUAACUUUUUUAUAAUAACAUUCGAUUUGCACUUCUCACUUGAUUAAAAGUGAUGUAACAAAAAAAUCAGUUGUACUGUCAAUUAAUUAACUUUAUUAUACUAACAUUCGAUUUGCACUUCUCACUUGAUUAAAAGUGAUGUAACAAAGAAUUCAGUUGUACUGUCAAUUAAUCAACUUUAUUAUACUAACAUUCGAUUUGCACUUCUCACUUGAUUAAAAGUGAUGUAACAAAAAAA